AUGCUUGACGCACGAAUCCUGCCUGCAGUGCCAAUCGCAGACUUUGUCAAUACCAUACUGCACAACACCAACGGCUCCACAACUCUAGUCGUAUGUUCAACUCGCGAAAAGUUCCUUGAACAAUUAGCUGCUGGCGUGACAGCAAAUUUGCACGCACAUGGCAAUACCAAUGAGCAUGCCGAGGAGGAUGGGCAAUCGCAGCUGGUAGGCGCUGGAGCUGAGACUGUUGAAACUCAGAAAUCUGCCCUUGGCCUUCUGUCCAGUACAAUUGCCACUCUCGCCAAUUCUAGAAGGGUUAAAUUAGUAUUCUGCUCUUCUCUGGCUCAGCUGCGCGCGUAUUUGUCAGUUUUCGGGCUCCGUUCAAUUACCACAAACAAUACUGUCGAUACCAGAGAUCAGGACGCAGUAUGUGGGAACGCCAUGAUAGCCAUUCUCGAUCUCAUUGCUAUGCAUUGUCUAAGCACCGAGUUCUCAGCGCAGGGUUUGUCUCGGACACUGGCUCUUGCAGUUGAAACGGCUGCUCGGACUCAAUCGGCUAUCAUGCUAUGUGAAUGUAGCGAUAUGGUGAAUGUGGGCAAUCCUGACCAUGGUCAGCGGCUGUGGGAUUUACACGUGCCUCUUUUGAAUGGUGGCACAAUUCGAGUAGGGAAUGAUCAUGCACCAUCGGCGCGGUCUGGCAGACAUGUUUCUAUUCGGCGAGUCGCGCAGAGGUGGUUUAAGUUUGAGGAAAGGAGUUGA